AAAAAAAAAAAAAUUUGAGAGAGAGAGAGAGAGAGAGGAGGAGGGAGACAACUUUGUUGUGGAUAAAAAAGAUAUUCAUUUCUGUUUUGUCUGCAAAAAUUCUCACGGGCCAUCGGAGAGAGGAGACAGAGAGGUGGUGGUGCACAAGAAUCCUUCCUCCUUCCUCCCUACAAGACUUUGGAAUGGUAAGAGAAGUUGAGGUGCUUAUGGACCGAAACGCCGACGUUCUAACCGCUAGAGUCCACGUUGCUCCUAAGAUAGCUGCAGAUGAGCCUGAGGAGGAUUUUGAGGUCAAAGAAUGCACAGAGGAGAAAACUCUUUUUGAGAAUGCACCAAAUGUUGGAUCUGCUCAGAGAAUUGGAGCUCAAAAAUCGCCUAAAACCCUUCAUGGAAAUGCUAAAGCUUCAAAGCAGGAUGCUUCUCUUCUCGCGGUGAGGAAGCCAUUACAACCCGAGAUCAAGAAGCAUAUCGAUGAUGAUGAUAAUUGCUCCAUCGCUUCUUCUGUGGCAACUUCAAUGAGGAUGGGUAAGUCAGUGACUUAUGGAACUGCUCCGACGUUUAAAAGUGCACAACGUGCUGAGAAGCGCAGGGAGUAUUACCAAAAGCUUGAGGAGAAAAACCAAGCGCUUGAAGCCGAAAGGAAUGAGCUUGAACAAAGGCAAAAGGAAGAACAAGAAGCGGCAUUAAAACAGCUUAGAAAGAAUCUCAAGUUCAAGGCUAAACCCGUCCCCAACUUCUACUACGAGGCCCCUCCUGCAAAACCAGAGCUCAAGAAGCUACCUUUGACGCGUCCCAAGUCGCCAAAACUGAACCUUUCUCGGAGAAAAAGCUUCAGCGACGCAAUCAGCUCAUCUUCCCGUGAAGAGAUUCCAAAGACAGUCUCUAACCGGAACCGACACAGCACAGGAACAGUUCAGAACAAAGACGAUCACAAGAACAAGAACGCCAAUGCUGCUCUCGACAGCCCUCGAUUGAGAUCUGGCAAGGGAAAAGCUGGAUUGAAACCAGUGAACGAGUGCGCAGAGGAAGCUUGUGAGGCUUGAAAAGAUAUGAUGAACGGUGCUUUGUUGGUCUGUGUUUUACUCAAACUAACUUUGAUAUUACCGGAAAAAAUUUAAAAUCAAAACAAAGACUCUUUGUUUAAUUUUCCGGUUAUUUCCGGUAUAUGGUUGGUUCACAAUGUAAUCUUUCUCAGUUUUUAACUUUAUGUUGAUUGUUGAAAGAACUCCUCUAAUGUUGAAAUUUGUAUAUU